CCCAGUAGUCUAUUUAACUGCCAGCCCGAGAGGGCACGGUGAAAAAUUAAACCGUGCAUUUCGACUGUAGAUAGUCGAGAAAAUUGAAAGAAAUUUCCUUAUUAUCAUUACUGCGAAGGACAUUCAGGAAACUCUUUGUACACGCGAAUAAUUAUAAACAAUUUUCUAGCAUUGAGAAAUUUUUUUCCCACCCCAAUCGUGUUUUUCUUCGGAACACACACACACGAGUGACUUGAAAGUUUUUUUAAUUUAUUCAAUUUCUCUGUGACGUUAUCGUCGAUCACCUGCUGGAUACGGAAAACCCAAGAUAGAGAAAAAAUCAGAGAGAUAAUCUAGGAAGGAGGUCAGAAUGUUGAGCAGCUUGGCGAACUACCUGCUGGGAGGUAGUCCUAGCGCUCAGGAAGUUCGUGGGGAUAAUCGACAGGAUGAACCGCUCCCCGUUGAAACUAGACUCAACCAAGUCGAGGUGGAGGGCGAUGACUGGAUCCUCAUUGACCGUGCUGUUGAGGGAACAACGGCGCUUGAGGAGUCAUGGUACGUGACACCACCGGCGUGUUUUACGAAGGCAGGUCCUAUCCAUGUGGAAACAUCGCCGUUGGAGGACCUCCUCAUAGAACACCCCAGCAUGUCCGUUUACCGGGCAGCAGCUCCUCUGGUAACCCCAGAUACUCCCCCGCCGACGCCCGACACCCCAACGGAGUCUGAAUCCAUCCCGAUAAUUAUAAACGAAAAGCCAACCGAGGAUGCCCCCAGACAGAGACAGGCGACCCCGAGACAGAGGCAUAACAAUCGAAGGGAACAACAACAAUUACAGGGCAAUCCUCAACGGAGGAACAACAACAAUAUUAACAACAACAACGGCGUUCGCGAACGCAGACCUGCCAGGGAAGAAGAAGCCCAAUGUGUUCAACUUCGCGCCGCACAAAAGGUCCUGGAGCAGCGGGCGGCCCAGGCGAUAAAACGUGGUCGUCUUGAGCGCGGUAAUAAGGUAAGGGAGGUAGCCAGUGGUAAGGGAAAACGUCCGCGUCGCCAGGAUCGUCUGCGUCUUCAAAAUAGUGGCGCAAACAACAAUCGCAAGUGCUAGUCGUCUGAUCUCAGGCCAGGGUGCAUAAUGAUAUCGUAUACCUACCCAUAUAAUCCGAUAAUUGUAACAUACAUUUUAUUUUCACCGAUUUCCCUUGAUCAACUUAUUAUUAUUCAUAAAAAAUUGUUCAUCCCUCCCGCCAUUAGCUGAUUUUCGAUUAACUUCUUCCUUCGUCGCUCUCUCUCCUUGUUCAAUUUUUUUUCUCCUUAUUUAAAAUUCAAAAUGAUAUAUAUAUAUAUGUAUCGGCAGCUAUGCGGUAUUGAAUAUUACCCCACAAUUUUUGGAACAGCAGUUUCAUAUAUCCUAUGACGAAAGAAAUUAUUAUAAUUUAAAAAUACUUUAAUAUUUAUAACGAUAAAUUAUCUAUUUAUUUAUUUUUUUCUAUUCAUAUUUUUUACCUUGCUUGCUGUUAGCAUUGCUAUCAUUAUUUUUUUCUUCCCUCCUACCACAGAUUUUCCUCAAUUAUCCCAUAGCGCCAUUUUUUCCCCCCGAUGAAAUCUCUCUCAUCCAUUCGACUAUUUUGCUUUUUACCGACUGACCUGUGAUUAUAUUAUAUUGUAAAGCGGUUAUACAAUUGUUAUAUAUCCACAUGGAAAUUGGUUAUGCCUGAAAUUUUCUCUCCUCUCUUCCCCUCUUUCUCUCUGUCUUUUCCUGUUUUUUUUUUCUCUAUCUCCGACUAUUUUCCCUUCCAGAUCUUCUUAUUGCGGCGAGGGAACAUUUUUAACUUUCCAAAUAUUCAUUCAAACGCGUCUAAAUUAUUAUUUUUUUUCUUCAGCGUGUUAUAAUCAUGUUAUGGAAUUAAACCAAAAAAGAAGAAAAAAGGGAAUGUAAUAUUAUUGGAAUAAAAAUAUUCAUAUAGUAAAUAUAAAUGAAGAUAUAUUUGACAAGAAGAAAAAAAGGAAAAAAACUCAUCCAUUACUCAUAGCCGUAGAAAACUGAAUGCGAUAAGUGGUGUGAGACAACAAAAUAUAAUAAAACUGAAAAAUAAGCAAACAAAAAAUGUUUAAAAAAUGAUUUAAAAAAAAAAAACAACAAAAAAAAUUUAUCUGCCUUGUGUUUGAGGAAAAUUUAAUAACGAUAAUUAACUUGUAUCUCUGUUUGUUUGUUAUUUGAAGGUAAACAUGUGCACCCUGGCCCUAACAAUCAUAAAAAGUAUUUUAUACAACUAAUUGUAACUCUUAAUUAUUAAAUAUAAUUAUCAUUAUUAAUUGUUAGUUUAUUAUUCAUUUGUGCGUAUAAACGACGAUUCUAUCUUUCACACAUAUAUAAAUUCAUGAUUAUUAUUAUUAUUAUUAUUAUUAUUAAUAUCAUAUAUCUAUUCGCGUGUGAACACGCUCAGAGUGGAUGCGUAUUUUCAUGAAUUGAAUAACGUUAUUACCUAUAAUUAAUAUUGUAAUUACUAUUAUUCGCUUGUAUGUCAAACGGUACAUAAAUACGUUAGACAAUUCGAGUGAAUGUAAUGUAAGUUUUACAUUACGUUUCACGAACUACGGAUUUCAUUCGUUGUUCCGACAAUCCGUAUAUAAAUAAAUGCAUACCUAUAUAAAUAAUAUACCUCUAUAUUAUGGUAGUAUAGUAUGGUAAGAAUUAUGAAUCGUGAAUAUAUGUAAAGUCUUUUCAAUGGAAAGACUGUAGCGCACCGUAUCGCAAUUAUAUAAAUACAUAUAUAUUAGAAAUUAUAUUUAAAUGAAUGAACCUUCUCACUCGACACUUGAUUGUAUAGGUAUAUGGAAAAAAAAGAAAAAAAAAAUUAUAUAUAUAUAUAGUAUUUCUAUGAACAUUAAGUCGCAAGUUCUGACGGAAUAUUGUUUGAUUAACGCGAUUAUUAUUGUAAUUAUCAUUAAUAUUAUUAUUAUGACUUAUAGUUUUUUGACUGAGAGAAAAAAUGAGAUAUUGAAAAAAAAGAGGAAUAAAUAAAUGAAUUAAAUAAUGACGAAAGAAAGAUGAAAAAAAAAAAAAUAUAUAAAAUAAAAUUUUAAACUAUGAGAAUGAAAAAUGCAAUACUUUAUUGGGGAUGUGUAUCCCCAUGAACCUUGUCAAAAAAUAGAAUGAAAAAUGAGGAAUUUCAUUUAUACUGUUCUAAAUGAUACAAAUUUUGAGGUAGGUAUAAUAUUGGAGAGAAUUUUUUUUUUCUCUUCAGACAAUAGGGAAGCAUGAUGGUUUAUAGUUUUACCAUAUUUCGAAUAAUUAACUAAGAUUCUCCGAUGGUCCCUGAACGGAAUCUCGAGAUAAUCGCACGAAGUGUGAUUACAUAGACGUAGAUGUCUGAUCCACUAAACGAUCUCCACAUUAAUUAAAGAAUCGUUGACGUUUGGUAAAAAUAUUAAAAUUGUCUUGUCAUACAGAAUGAAUGUAAUAUGAACUUCUAAUGUACAAAAAAACCAACAAAACAAGUUUCGCAAACACUAAUUAUGCAGUCCCUUCUCUCGAUCGUAACAAUGACAGAGUAACACUGACUUUUAUGUGGCAAUAUAAUUUCUUAUUCUUAUCUGUUCAUCGUUUACUCUCACUUAUUGUUAGCUGGAUACAACCUUCCUUUCUUCGUGUUCAACUAGACAUAUAAAAAAAACAUGUAAAAUAUGUAUUCAGAUAGCAUUAGAUAAUUAUAUUUCGUAUGGUAUAUUUAAAUACAAGAGAACAAAAUCACAAAAAAAUACUACUCGGCAAGUAUUUAGAUUUAAUAUGUAUGCUUAACAAUAUUAUAUAGUUUUAACCACGUUGCAAAAGAAAGAAAGAAAGAAAGUAAAAGAUAAAAAAAAAGGACAACAUACUUUAAAAAAGCGUAAAAACCAUUAUCACUAAUGAUGUGUCGUUCGAUUGUUGUUACAAUAUUAUAUAUAUGCACAAUAAAAUUGUGCUUAGCUUGUGUUCGUUCAAUAUAAGAUAAUGUAGGUGCAUUAGAUACCUACACUAAUGAUCACAUACCCUAACAUAUGUAACCAUUAUUAGUCAAUAGCUAGAUUAUUCGAUCAUGAUAUAAAUAAUUCCGCGAUUCUUUCUUAUAAUGAUUUUUUUGUUCCUUUUCUUUAUUCAAAAAUAAUCUUUAUGUAGAAAAGUCAAAAUUUUGGUUAGCUCAUACAUAAUACUAAUCGAUUUUUUUCUUUUUAUCUACUGAUUUCUCUUUAUUUUUUUUUUCUCUAAUCUCGACGAAAUUCCGCAACUAUGACACAAAUGCACACAAUUGAUAAUGUAAUAAUAUACGAUAAUUACCUGUUCACACACACCUUGGGAAGUUCAUUAUUGUUGAAAAGAGCAAGAUACUUAAUAACUAGACGAAAAUUUAAUUACAGAAGUUAAUUAAUUUGUCUGGUAUGCUCUCUAAUUAGUAUAUAUACAAUAAAUUAACUACGAAUCAGUUCAUUAUAACAUACAGUGAUAGCUAGCAAAAUGUAAUAAAUAUGUAAAAUUAAACAGAGGAAAAUAUCUACUAUUAAAAUAUUCAAGUUAUGCAUCUAAAAUCUGAGCGUGUUCACAAUAUGGUGCAAGUUUUAUUUAUUGAAGAAUAUAUCUAUUAUCAUUAUUAUUCUGGCGAUUAAACCAACAUAAUUAUUUGAUUAUUAAGACGAUGAACUAUGUUCAUACAAAACAUCAUCAAUCGAUGAAAUCCAAAAAAGUAAUGAUAAUGAUAAGAAUUGAAUCGGCCGUUAUUCAUAGUUUGCAGUGAAAGUUAUGUAUAAUUAACGAGCAAUAUAUUCAUUGAUGAAUUAUUUUGAUGAAGUUUGAGAAAACUAAGAAAACGAAACAGGAGCGAUGGACAUGAAACAUGAAUAUAGAUAAAUAAGUAGCCGCGAUAUGAUUAUAAAAACUCAUAAUACCCUAUAUAUUAUUAACAUAACUAUUGCAAUAUAUGAUGUAUAGAUACAUACGUACAUAUAAAUGUUCGGGUCCGUAUAUAAUCUAAAAUAUUGGAAAAAAAUGAAAAUAGGAAAAGAGUAUAUCUGAUUUCUCAAGUAUCAAAAUGUUAUUUGUAUGAUAUACAUAUACACUGAUAUAUAUAUACAAACAUAUAUAUAUCAUUAUAAUUCAACAAAAUAUACUGGCUGUGACAAGGCCCGACAGUUUGCAAAAGUUAUUUAAAAACUAAACCAACAAUUUUAAACUAAUCCACGUGCGCAUUACUAUAUUAUUAAUGAGAAAAUAAAAUUAAAUAAAAAACAAAACAAAAUAAAGAUAACGAAAAGCAGAGAAAUUAUAACAAACGGAAUACAAAAAAAAAGUAUCAUAUAUAUUAUUAUACAUAAAUAAUAAUUAUUUACUUUGCGUAUUAUAACUAAUUGUAUAUUAUGCGUAAUUAUGUAUACCUAUACAUAUAUAAUACAUUAAUUACUUAACUUUUUAUUAUUCCAAUUGGGAUAAAAAAUGAGAAAUUAAUCAUUAUGUAAUACAUACAUGUAUAUGUUAUACGGUAAAAUAAUAUUGUAUUUUUCGUAGAUCGCAAAAAAAGCAAAAAAAAAAAAAAAUGAGAUAACAAGUACGACUGUAUCGAUAAAACUACAUAAUGAAAUUCCUCUUCGGAGAUGAAAAAUGUGAUAAAAACAUGAAUAAAAAGUUAAAAACGA